GCGCUUCCUGCGGCCUUUUGUCUUUUUUUCUUUUCGCUCUUUUGGCAAAAUUCUCUGGGUAAGCAAUGUCUGAAACAGAGUCUGAGUGUAGAGAUCCGAAGGCGAAAGGUGUUUUCUCCACUUUAAUGGCGGAUGGUGACUGGUUGCUGCUGAAGGGAGAGUGUGAAAAAGCAGUCGAAAGCUACAGCACGGCUCUGACACUCAAACCUGAAGACAAAGACUGCUUUGUGGGUCGCUCCAAGUGCUACCUAAAGAUGGGUCAAUACGAGAAAGCCCUGAGGGACGCCGAAGCAUCACUUCAAGAAGACCACUCCUUUUUUGAGGUAUGCGUUUUUGACAUCACACUAAACAAUUGUGUGGAACAAAUGAUACAAUUAUUAUUUUUUUAUUUCAAUGAGGGCUUGUACCAGAAGGCCGAGGCUUUGUACUGCUUGGGGGAAUUUGAAUUUGCGCUAGUGUUUUACCACCAAGGGCUGAAACUGCGCCCUCAAGUCCACGAGUUCCGGCUGGGCAUCCAGAAAGCGCACGAAGCCAUUGAGAACGCCGUCACUGUUCCUCCUGCCGUCAUACAGAAGGUUAAAGCAGACAUGCUGCAAAAAGAUGUGGAGCAGAUGACAGCAGCCAAGAAGCCACACGCCUCUGAGACAGAGAAGAAGAGCAAGAAAUACCUGGGGGAGUUUUACGAGGACAGGAAGUAUCUGGAGAAUUUGUUAAAGGAUGAAGCCUUGGUGAAAAGCAAGACGAGAAACGGCAAGCAACUGCAGGACGUCAUCCAAGGCUGCCUCGCAUACUUGGAUGACUGCGCCGACUUCUGGAACCAGCAGAAGCCCCCCCGUGUCCUUCACCCAAAGACCCUCAAAGACAACCAAGCAAGCAGGCCAAAACGCCUGCCGGUGCCCCCACGGAAGCCGCACAUGUAAUACUCAAGAGCCUAUAGGACACUGAGACAUAUCAUUGAAUUAGAUUUGUAGUUAUUUAUUUCAAAAGGCACAAGAAUAAAACCAGUAUGACAGACGAAAGAAGA